AUGGGAAUAGUUAGCUUUAAGUUGGUUGCUUUAGUAAUUCUCAUGCCCCGCGACAAGCUAUCCCGAUGCAAUAAUCUGAACGACAAGCUCAGAGUGAUUGACGCGGACUAUAGAGUUAAACGUUUCUUCCGUUCUUCCUCCCAAAAUGCUGGAUUAGCUAGGGUUUUAUUGGACUCCAAAAGCUUGUUUUUGAUUAAGUGCUUGGUUGCUUCGGGUCAAGAGCAUGUGUUGUGUUUGAGUGAAACUGUACCGGAAUUGGAGUCGCCGGCUAUGGCUUCUGGUUCUGUUAAGAGUGCGUUUUAUGCUCUGGCGAAGAUGAUCGAGAAUAUAUUCCAGCAAUUCUGGUGUUGGAUUUGGGAAGAUGGAUAUGGGGAUGAGUUUGGGAAGACGGUUGCAGACCUUUGUUUAAAAUCUCAGUGA